GAACCCCGGUCGCUCGGACCCGGAGGCCGUCGACUGGAAGAAGCGGCCCGAGACAAGUGGCGCUUUAUAAAGGGCUAAAAUUACGCGACGUCGACGUGAUUUCCUGGGCGUCCUAAGCGGACUUUUAUAAAGAGCCGAGUGCGGCGGAGGAGGGAACUCAGUGCACUGACAACACUUGUUGCGUGGCGGCGGAGCAGCGACGAGUCGAGGCGCACGGACUGCGCGCACCGCGUUUGAACGAGAGCACGGUAAAAACAUGGCUUUAUCGGGGGUGAUGCUUCCUUCUUUCGCCACGUUCACCAAUCAAAGGGAGAAAAGUUGGGAAAACAGGUGGAAAGCGGAAAAUGACAGCGGCGGCGGCGGCUUCACGCCGGAGAUGGCGCACGGCGUCGACAACCCGUUUCCAAAGAAGGACGACGAGGAUCUGAGCAACUACCUGGAUCUGGAUUUUAUACUCGACGGAGCCUCGGCCUACGUGGGCCCGGCCGACACGGGCGCUUACGCCGCGACGGACGGCUUCGCCGCGGGCGAGCCUCGCUGCCCCCCGCCCCCGUACGGCGCCAGCCUGGUGGCCGAGCUGCUGCGCUGCGACGCCGGCUACGGGGGGGCGACGCGCUGCCCUCAGCAAGCGGUGCAGGGCAGGUUUUACGCCGCGCACUUCCCGCGCCAGGACAUCAAAGUCGAGCCCCCCUUGGACGCUUACGGCCCCGCGUUGGGCGCGGCGGCCCAAAGCUGCGGCGGCGGCGGCAAAAUCAAGCGGGAGGGCAACGUUUCGUGCAUGAUGCCCUUUGAGCAGCCGCGCUCGGCCAUCUCGCCGCGGGCCGCCGCCAGCAGCAGCAGCAUGACGCCGCCGCUCAGCCCGGACGAGGCUUCGGACUUCCGCGGGCCCAUGAGCUGCUUCGCGGGCCGCAACGAGUACCACAACAACGGCCCCUUCCAGCAGCAGCAGCAGCAGCGACACGUGCAGCACAUGGCCUACCGCGGCGCGCAGCACCCGGCCUUCGGGCUCUACGACGAGGCGUUGGCGUUGCAGCACCCGCCGCCCGGCGGGGCGCAGAGGGCGGCCUUGCUGACGCUGACGCCGCCCUCCUCGCCGCUGGAGCUGCUCGAGUCCAAGCCCAAGCGCGGGCGCCGCACUUGGCCGCGCAAGCGCACCGCCACGCACACCUGCACCUUCGCCGGAUGCGGGAAGACCUACACCAAGAGCUCCCACCUCAAGGCUCACCUACGAACGCAUACGGGCGAGAAGCCGUACCACUGCAGUUGGGAAGGCUGCGGCUGGAAGUUCGCCCGCUCGGACGAGCUGACGCGACACUUCCGGAAACAUACCGGACACAGGCCCUUCCAGUGCCACCUGUGCGAGCGAGCCUUCUCCAGGUCUGACCACCUGGCGCUGCACAUGAAGAGGCACAUGUAACAACAACAACCGCGACAAGAGACAUUGUGAUGUGCUCUGUUUCGAUUUCAACCAAAGCCCCCCCCCCCCCGAAUCUAUCUAAAUCUAUAUGUAGCUGGUACUACUUGGGUUCUCUGAGAAGAGACGAGUAAAGGGGGCUGGCCCUUGUACAGUGGAUCCUUCAAACUGGAAUGUCUUUGACACAAAAGCGCCUUUCUAUGACUCUGCUACUGUUUCAACAAAGCUUGGUAGACAAUCGUGUUGACAAGAGCGAAAUGCACACUCCGCCGGUGCAUAGACAACGUUUUUCUCCAAAGAAAACUGCCUCCGAGGAUGAAUUGAGCAGCUGCCCCCCCCCCCCCUCUUGAAUCCAGCCCCCUUCUGUACACUCUCAGGGCUGGACAUCCUGUGCAUUCUUUUCUACUUAGUUAUAUAAAUAUGUACAUGGAUUUUAUACUGUCAAGUGUGUAUUUAUUGUAAAUAUUAAAAGAAAAAAAAACAGUUGAAACCAAACAUCCUGUCGUUGCUU